GCUCAACACGCCAUUCUGACGUCACUGCGCCAGGAAGCAUACAGAGGCAUCGCCCUGUUACAUAUCCAUUUUCUCGUACCCCACAAAAGCCGUAGCCCUGUCUGGGUCAACGAUGAGGGAGUACAAGAUCGUGGUGUUGGGAAGCGGAGGCGUCGGUAAAAGCGCCCUAACGGUACAAUUUGUCCAGGGCAUCUUCGUGGAGAAGUAUGACCCCACCAUCGAGGACAGUUACCGUAAGCAAGUGGAAGUGGACGGCCAGCAGUGCAUGCUGGAAAUCCUCGACACUGCGGGCACGGAACAAUUCACGGCCAUGCGAGACCUCUACAUGAAGAAUGGGCAGGGCUUUGUGCUUGUCUACUCCAUCACGGCCCAGUCGACCUUCAACGACCUCCAAGACCUCCGCGAACAGAUCCUCAGAGUCAAAGACAUGGACGACGUUCCCAUGAUCCUGAUUGGCAACAAGUGCGACCUGGAGGACGAGCGGGUGGUGGGCAAGGACCAGGGCAUCAACCUGGCCCGCAACUUCAGCAACUGCGCCUUCCUCGAGAGCUCGGCCAAGGCCAAGAUCAACGUGAACGAGAUCUUCUACGACCUGGUGCGGCAGAUCAACCGCAAGAACCCCGAGAAGAAGAUGAAUCCAAAGAAGAAGACCAAGUGCGUCCUCUUGUAGGUGCGCCGCAGUGUCUGGAGACCUCGGGCGUCGAGCCUCCGGGCGUCCGCAGAGCCAACCAGAGCAGCGCGGCAACGGAGGAGGCGUCACGCCCGAAGUUUCCUUUGGAAGCAUCCUCUCGGGAGUUCUUUCUUUUACCGUUCUUACUGUUCCCGCUACCGUUUCGGAGUAACUUUCCUAUUUUCACGACGCCCCCUUCGAAUGGAUUUCGCGACCCCCCCCCCCAAUUCACGAAUGCGCGCAUAGGCACAACGCGCCAUGUCUGUCGCCCCCCCUAGAGCGAGGUUGGUGUAACGCCUCUGGUUAGCCAGCCCUGCACAUUGUACAUGUGAGCCCCUUCGUCCGAAACAGAUACAGACUGUCCGAUGCUCAACCCGAGGAAAAGACGGCCACGAUUUUCGGACGCGUGCCGUCGUUGCGGCGGCAUCAUCGUUUUCUUCUCUGUCACGAGUGCCCUCUCUCCCCCCCCCCCCCCCCCCCCCCCCCCCCCCCGCGGUUGUUGUUGCUUCGCACCGUUUUUAAGAAGGAUGUCUGUAGCACAUUAAGUUUCGUUGUUUGUGCCAUGAAGCCUCACGUUUGCAAAGGGGGUGUAAUGUGACAUCCCCCCCCCCACCCCAGUAAGGGGGCGUGAUUUCCCACUGAGUAGCAGAAGGGAGUGCAUGCAGGAAAAAAAGGGUGUCAUCUUACUCCCUUUUCAGCGGUGGAGUCUGUUUACCAAUGGACAGCAGAAAGUUUAUGCUGGAAAGAAGGUUGUUUCAAAGUUCAGCAGAGGAGCUUAUAUCCUAAUGGGCACCAGAAAGGGAGUGCAUGCAGCAAAAAGGUGGGCGUAAUUGGACUGCCCUACCAGCAGAGGAGUCUUGAUUUCACAAUUGGCAGUAGAAGAGGAGGGCAUGCUGGAAAGUCGGGGUCCUAUCAGACUCCCUCUACAGCAGAAGUCUUGACUUUCCCACUGAACAGUAGAAACAAAGUGAAUGCAGGAAAGAAGGUUUAAUAUGAGUCCCUCUUCUGCAGAGGAGUUCCGAUUCCUCAACGGGCAGGAGAAAGGCCCUGGCAGCAUUAGUUUUUUUUUUAGGUGUAGCUCUUUCGGGAUCGAGUGAAGAACACUCUUCUCGAUGUCGCCAUUUAUCUGCACAGCUUCUGGGUGUACCAACCCCCGCAUUGGUGCGUUGUUGGCACCCAUGUAGGCAUGAUCCCCAUUUUUGCAUGGUUUGAACUGCAUUCCCGCUCCCCAGUUACACCUUUGUUUCCAGUGGCUGUUAUUUUUUUUUUUUUUUUAGGCUCUGCUUCUUGCACAAUGAACUCACCUCUGUGGCCACGUUGUACAUAAACGACAUCGAGCAAUCAUGCUUCUGGAGGACGCCGAAAUAAUUGUCCGCAAAUGUUUUUUUUCUCCAUGCGGAAAAGGGGGAGGAGGGCAUCUCGAAAAAGUUCACUCUCUAUUUAUUAAUUCUGUUCUGGCAAGUUUUAUUUUCCUUUAUCUGUUGAGGAUGUGUGUGUUUGUGCACAUUGCUGUCUCGGUGCACACUUCGGGUACCGUACCUUUAGUUGUUUUUUUUUGUCGAGGCUGCAGUUUUUAAGGCACGCGCACGAUUUCGAGCAGUUUUUAAAAGAACAGGCGUGCGAGGUGGCGUUUUAGAGUUGAAGGCUGUCGUUCUGUAGGUGCAAUCCUGAGAGAUUUAUUUUUUAGCCUCGCAUGCAUUUUUGGGUCCGAGGAACUGUUUUUUUUUCCGUGUUGACGAGCACUCACUCUUACUCGUUUUUGGCCAAAUGUAGCGUUGUUAACAUUACUACAAACAUGAAUUUGAAUUGUGCCUGUGGUGCUACAGAUUGAUUGUAGGGACGAAAAAGUUCCGUACAUACACGAGAGAGUAAAUAAACUUUUUAAUCAGCAA